GGCCAGAGUUGUUAGCGCGUUCCUGGACUGCAGCCACAGAAAAGAACAAGAGCUCCUGACUCUUAUAAAAGAUUUCCCCGCACUAACUCUCCGUACACAGACCUGGCCCAGUCUGGCACGGCCCGGCGCCACGUUAUGGAGUUACUUUGGGUUCCCCUCUUGGGCUUAUGUUGCAGUUUGGCCUCCGCUGACCGACACACCGUCUUCUGGAACAGCUCAAAUCCCAAGUUUCAGAGUGAAGACUACACAGUCCAUGUGCGACUGAAUGAUUACUUAGACAUCAUCUGCCCACAUUAUGAGGAUGAGUCUGUGGCCCCAGAUGCCAUGGAGCGCUAUACGCUGUAUCUGGUGAAGCAUGAGGAAUACCAAUUGUGCCAGCCGAAAUCCAAGAAGGAACAGGUGCGAUGGCAGUGCAACCAGCCCAGUGCCCAGCAUGGUCCUGAGAAGCUAUCUGAGAAGUUCCAACGCUACACUCCCUUUACCCUGGGAAUGGAGUUUGAGGAGGGACACAGCUACUACUAUAUCUCCAAACCCAUCCAUCACCAUGGAGACCAGUGUCUGAAAUUGAAAGUGACUGUUGAUGGCAAAAUCACUCACAGCCCCCAGGUGGAUGCCAAUCUACAGAAUGAGAAUCGAUUUUCAGCAGAUGAUGCAAAUGUCCAGGUCCUGCAUAGCGUUGGAUACAGUGCUGCCCCUCGGACCUUUCCAAUCGCCUGGGUUGUGCUGCUUCUACCUCUCGUGCUGCUUCAUACCCCCUGAGGGUGGGCAUUAAACCCAGCUUUUGAGGACUAGGACUGGGCUGGGGAAGGAUGGGGUAAUGGCCCCUUUCCAAAGGAGAAAACUGGAAUCCUCUGCCCAAGGAACUCCGGCAUAGUACAAACCUGCCACCCUGGUGUCAUGGGUCAGUAUUAGGGGUGUCAGGAAAUAUUGGCAGUGCCAACUUGUUUCCUGCCCCCAUAGUUGGGAGGACACAGCUCUCUUCAUUCCUCCUGUUUUGCCAAAGAUCAAGAACCUGAAAUUAACCAAGGGCAGCUGCUCUUCUUAGAAGUGGGGAGCUUCUGGAUGGACCCUGGGCACGGAACAGUCAUUUCCUCCAUAGAAGACCCAGGUGUGGCCAAGACUCUAAAGGAGAAGGAGGAGAAAGAGAAACUGAGCUUUUCAUGUGGGAAGAUGGGGAGAAGGAAGCACUGGGUGUGUGCUCAGAGUCUGUCUUCCCUCCACACUCACAUACAUCUCCAUCUGUAAUGCCAUAUUGGCAGAAGAGGGGGGUUACAGCCUGGGCUCUCCUAAUUCAGAGCCAGAGUGAUGCCAGGCAGGCAAGAAGGGGCAGUGCCCCAACCUGUUCUGUGUAGAAGGGCAGUGCCCACUGUAUAUAUAUAUAUAUAUAUAUAUAUACGUUUGUAUGUAAAAUCUCUCCCUGGAGAGAUUUCUACAACUAAAGUUUGUUAUUGUCGUUUUUACACGUGCUUUUUGUCAGACUGAAAUUGUGUGUCAUGUUUUUUGGACUUCCCUCUGCCCCUUUGGUACACAGGUCAGAGCCCCUGCCAGGCUCCUUCUCUGUCCUCAUGGGACCACUCCUCCCCCAACCUGAAUGUUUAGGCGUCUCUCCUCUUCUGGGAGCAAUGUAGUAUUGAGGAAAGGACACUGGAUUUGGAAUUGGGUAGAAUCCGGAUCCUGGUUCUGUCACUUACUAGCUUGAUGGUUUUAGGAAAAUCAGUUAACCACUCUGGUCCUCAGUUUUCUCAUCUG